AUGUCAGCAGGCACUGAAUCCCAAGAGGUGCAUGUGCCUCAUCAGCAGGAGGCCUUCAUUUUUGAGCUGUGGCCGGUUGCUAGUCCUGUGCGGAUGGGUGUUGGCAGCGAGCCACUUCUCGGCAGCAUUGGUAGCCCCGUAGCUUUGUUCGCAGUAAAUUCCGGAGCCUGCCCCAGAACAACCUCCGCGUCCUUCCGUGGCGACGUCUCGGAAGACGCCAGCUGUUGUGCGCUUCGAGCGGCAGUGAGGCCACAGACGCGCAAAGCCGCAGCACAGGCGAUGACCACAGCUUCUCCGAAGCUUGCCAAUGCUCGGUCCCGGCCAGCUAACAUGCGGCAGUCCCUGCGUGAGCAACUGCUUUCCGUCCUGUCUGCAGUGCCGACUUACCGCUUCUCUGGAGCAUUCGCUGUUACCGUUACCGGCUUGGCCCGGUGGAAGCUCUCAGCCUUGGUGCCGGAUGGCACUGCGCUUGCAACUGGCUGGUAG